AUGUGGCGACAUUUAUUGUUUUUAAUAUUUUGUACAAGUACAUUCGUAUUAAAGUAUACUUCCGGUGUUGUUGUUUCUACCAGCUUUGGGGAUGUUAAUGGUACGGAGCAGUAUUCUCGAGAUGGUAGAUUGUUUUAUGGUUUUCUCGGUAUACCUUAUGCCAAACCACCCGUAGGAGAACUUCGAUUCAAACCACCUCAAGAUCCUUUACCCUGGAAUGGUACAUACGAUGCAACCAAAACACCUCCAAUAUGUUCACAAAUCACGCUCGAAGGUAAAAUCAAUGGUCAAGAGGACUGCCUUUAUUUGAAUGUGUUUACACCAAACCUGAAGCCUGAAAAGCCAUUACCAGUUUGGGUUUUCAUUCACGGAGGAGCUUUUCGAUCCAGGAGUGCUGAUGCUGGACCAACUUUCAUCAUGGAUCAUAACGUUAUUUUCGUCUCAUUUAAUUAUCGAUUGGGAAUAUUCGGGUUUUUAUCCACCGGAGACGAAGUAAUCCCAGGAAAUUACGGAUUGAAAGACCAAAUCGCGGUUUUGAAAUGGGUACAAAAGAAUAUAGCGAACUUUGGCGGUGAUCCUGGUAGGGUUACGUUGAAUGGCAUGAGUUCCGGAGCUAUUUGCACCCAUUUAUUGUGCAUGUCUCCUAAAUCCAAAGGAUUAUUUCAUCGAGUGAUACUCCAAAGUGGCAGUGCUCUCAGCCAUUGGUCUCAUUAUGCUCCGUUCGAAGCCAGAAAUCUAACGAUGAGAACCGUGAAACAAUUUAAAUGCGGGGAAUGGAAAUCCGAAACAUUUUUACAAUGUUUACAGAACGUAUCUGCUGAAAAUUUGGUUAUAACUGAGACCAUUUCAGAUAAUGUUUUCAAGUUUUUACCAGUUGUUGAAAAAUCCGACUUGGAGGAAGCUGUGCUCACACAACCACCGGCCAUGCUCAAUUACUACGAUAAAAAUAUCACGAUGAUGGUCGGAUUCACGGCGAACGAAGACGAUGUAUUUUUGAGCGAGCACGUGAAAUCGCUUUCCAAAUUUCGAAUAUUUAUGUUGAAUCAGCUGGCUGAUUUCUUCAUCACUGGUUGCAUACCUUGCCAGUUCAAGUACAACUCCACCGUUCGUCGAGAGAUUAUUCAUAUGUUUCGUGAGAAAUAUUUCGAUAACAGAUGUCUUCACAUUGGCAAUAUUGGUAAUUUUAGCGAUCUCAUGACAGACAUGUCAAUUGUGAUGCCAAUUUUGGAUACGGUGUUGACAUAUCCGGGGAAAAAAUAUUUAUACAUGUAUAAUUUUACGAAUCCGGUUACUGCAGCUUUACUCACUCAAGUUCCAUACAGAGGAGCUAUCCACAGCGACGAUGGUUUGACUUUGCACAGUUACAACGUAUCUUGGAAUGUCAGCGAUUCUGAUAAAGAAUUUUCGCGCAAGCACGUAGCCUAUUGGACGAAUUUUGUAGCCACAGGCGAUCCUAAUUCCGCCGAUGACAAACUUCCCACUUGGAUCCCAGUGAAUCACACCUCGUUGCCACAUUUAUACCUUGGAAACGCAGAAAUCGCGAUGAAAUCUACACCAUAUUGGGCACGAUAUCAAUUUUGGGCGAAGUCUGGAAUCAGCAUCUACGACUCUGUCAAUUAUGUCGCCGAAUCUGAACCUACUGACGCAGAAUCAUCGACUAAAGAAUUUUUAACGCCAUUCUUAUGGCUCAUAUCGGCUUUCAAAACCUUUUUCACAAUAUUCACCUCAAUCGAUAGUGAAAUUUGGUCGUGGAUUUGAUGAAAAUCACAGCUAUCGAGAAGUUAUCAUACAGUAUUUUAGACAAGCUAAUCGAAUUAAUGGUAAUAACCUGUACGAAGGUGCUAAGUGAAUGAUUGAGUUUCCUGAUGCUUUCAAAGCAACCCUUCUAUUUUGAUAAGAAUUCAUUUUUCUCUUCGAGUCAACACAGAGUGUCUGCUAAGCCAAUACCUACAUAUUUUGCCUGGUGUAGGUAUCACGAAAUAAAAACGUCAAAGGAUAAUUGCCCAAGAUACCUAUAGGACAUAGGUAUUCAUCAGAUUGAAGGAGCAAAUGAAAAAUUGAAAACACAAUCAACUUUUAUGAAAAUUUUUACCUAUGAGAAAAGAAAAAUUUCCAAAACAGGAUACGUUUUCGUUCAACUAUUUUCAUUCUGUAUCUAUGAAUGCGAGAAUUUUGAUAAUCAAUGACUUGCUUGAAAUCAGUUCUUCUACGUUCAGUAGGUAUCAAUUCUUCCCUUCAGAUUGACGUACCAUUUGUAUAGGUCUAUAAGUAAGGGCAUAAUGUUGAUCUCAAUUAUUUCCAGUACUGUCCAUUUCAUAAUUUAUCCAAAUCGCUUAGGUAUUUAGCAUUCACUUCUCAAACACACUGUAAAUCUCACUCUACGACUUGGAAUAUUCCUCCUCCCCCCGGAUUAAAAAUUGAUGUCAAACUUUUUAAUACCUAUUAUACAUACAACGAUACCGAGUUCGUUAUCACGUUAACAUUAAGUACAUAUUAAGCUUAGUUAUUGGUAGGUGGUAGGUAGCUGCCCAUUUUUAUUUUAUUUAUAAUAGGUAUGUAUGUGCAUUUUAUUUACUUGUUAGUCAUUCCAGAAGUAAAAUACAUCAUCCCAGAUGUA